AAGCAGCCUGUUAGCCUAUUAAACACGCAGCCGAAAUUUUGCAAUUUUGCGAUUAUUUUACAUAACAUAAUUAAAGCAAGGUGUAAAUAAAUAAAUAAACUAAAAUUCAACCCAUUUAAAAUUUAAAGAUAAACCAUAAAAACGUUUGUAAAUAGUUUUUAAUUUACGCGAGUUUUAUAAAAAAAAUAUCGAAAAUAUAUUGUUAACAACUCAUGGCCGCAAUCGAGCAGAAUAUUAAUAAUGUUUAUAAUUAUGGUGAAUUGUCAGAAAUAAAAGCCAUCUUUUUUGAUUUGGACAAUACCUUAAUACCCACCAGAACGGGAGAUACAAAAGCCUGUCGCCAGGUAACCGAUAUACUUCAGCAGAAAUAUGGUUUUACAAAAGAUGAAGCUAAUUAUACCACACAUAACUUCUUAAAAUCGUUCCGCCGUUGUCCCGACGAUUGUCAAUCAACGUUAGAUGCAUGGCGACAACAUUUAUGGCGUGAAUCAUUGCCACCUAAAUAUAAAGAAUUAGCAGAUACCAUUUAUGGCAUAUGGCUGGAAUUGCGUUAUCAUUAUCUCGCCUUACCUGUGGAAUAUGUCAAAUUGCUGCAACGAUUGCGUCAGAAAUAUCUCCUUGCACUCAUAACAAAUGGUCCCUCUAAUGCCCAAUGGGAAAAGGUGCGCAGAUUAAAUGUACAGCAAUAUUUUGACUGCUUAUUAGUUUCGGGCGACUUGCCAUGGGAAAAACCAAAUCCAAAUAUAUUUUAUGCUACCUGCAAAUAUUUGAAUGUACAACCGGAGCACUGUUGCAUGGUAGGCGAUAAGUUAGAAAGUGAUAUCAAGGGAGGCAACUUAGCUGGUCUAGGUGCAACAUUUUGGUUACCUCUAACUCUAGAAGAGAUUGACGAUUUACUACAUAAUCAGGCCGAAGGAGACGAACAAAAUAAACCUACUUAUAUUUUAAGUAAUUUAAUGGAAUUUUGUAACUAUUUUAAUGUAACAACAAACAAAGAAAGAGAACAGCAACAACAGCAGCAGCUACAGCAACAUGUACCUGAGUAUAAAAGCCAAAGCAAGAAUAUUCUUAAUUGCCGAGGUCGUUCUUCGACUCCACCCGUUGAAUUUUCAACAAGUGAAAGUGAUAAUAGCUCAGAUAGUAUAUAAAAAAAAUUAGUAGUAUUAUUACACACACACACACAAAUAAUUAAGUAAAUUUUAUAGUACAUUACUAUAUUGUACACUAACUGAAUAUACAUACAUACAUACAUAUUAUCACUAUUAAAUAUAAUGCUAUUGAUCACCUUACAUGCUUAGAACAGAACAACAACAACUGGCAAACUGAUGGUACAACAUAUAUAUUCCUUGUCUUUUCAUAUAUUUUUUUUUUUAUUUAUAUAUGUCAACUCAAUGCACACGGUUGCAACGUCCUACUAUGAGACUACUACGAAUAUAGUUUUUAUGAAAUGAAAAUUACAAAAACAAACAUUUUUUAUUAUAAAAACAUUUUGUAUGAUCAUCUUUUUAUGUUGCCCACGAGCUUAAUCGUUCAAUUUCACCUAUAUGCAUAUUUCUCUUAUUUUUUAUAAAAACAAAAAUCAUUUUGUAUCAUUUUCUACGAAUUUAUAUAUACUUUAAAUUAGAAUCAAAUAUUAAUGUGUUGUAAUAGGAAUGAAAAUAAAAUGUACAAAAUAACAACCAUAA